AUGUCUAGUGCGCCAUUUAAGGCAACGGUCAAUGAGUAUCUUGAGGACUUGCCACCUCAAGUUCAGUCCCGACUUUACACAUCACCAGCUACAUGUUUAGCCAUUUACAGGCUGCUGCCGAAGUUGGCCAAAUUCUUCAUUAUGUCGAUGGUUUUCAAUGAAAAUGAUGUAUCGUUGCGAGACCUUGAUAGGUGGGUCCAGAGCAAUGGAAAAUUUCAACUCAACGAAGCUAUCAAAUCCAUGAAAUCUCUGCAUUUGUUGAUCGAGGGUCGAUCUGAACAGCCUUUCAUGAUCAACCUCAAUUCUAUAUUUCGGUCUAGUUUCCGCAAUGCUCUUACAGGUGGGGAAGUCAAUAACUCAUUUGGAAAUGUGGUGGAGAAUGAGCAUGAGGUCGUUUUGCCGGAAAUGCUUGACCAGUAUGCUGCAAACAAAUGGGAAUCAAUUCUGCAUUUCAUGGUGGGCACUCCACUCACACAAACGCCUUCCAGAAAUGUGCUUUCUUUACUACAGCACAGCAAACUCAUGGAGGAAAAUAAUACUGGAGAACUGCAGAUCACAAAUGAAGGCUUCCAGUUUUUGCUACAAGACGCUAAUGCCCAAAUUUGGACUCUUUUAUUGCAAUAUCUCCGACUUGCCGAAACGUUGCAAAUGGACCCUGUAGACGUUUUGAAUUUUAUCUUCAUGUUAGGGGCACUCGAAUUGGGUAAAGCUUACAGCGAUUCGCAUUUAAGUGAUACUCAAAAGAUUAUGUUACAAGACAUGCGUGACUACGGUCUGGUAUUUCAAAAGGCUUCAAAUACCUCCAAAUUUUAUCCCACUCGGCUUGCCGCCAUGCUGACUUCGGAUAGUAUGAGUAUCAGAUCUGCUUCAAGCGCGAUGAACACAGUUUUGAGUCAAGGUACAAGUAGCAAUUCGAAGGCAGAUGAUACGACCGCAGCAAGCGAUGGUAGAGAACAAGAUGGGACACAAGUUGGAAUAGCGGCAAGAAACAUUCCAGAUGGAGCUGUUGUCUUGGAAACCAACUUCAAAAUAUAUUCAUACUCGAAUUCGCCCUUGCAAAUCGCUAUUCUAAGUUUGUUUGUGCAUCUCAAGGCGAGGUUUUCCAAUAUGGUCACCGGCCAAAUCACAAGAGAAUCUAUCAGAAGAGCGCUACUCAAUGGUAUCACUGCAGACCAAAUCAUUGCAUAUAUGGAGACACAUGCGCAUCCGCAAAUGAGAAGGCUUGCAGAGCAGACGCUUGACAAGAAGUUAGAACUCGAUCCCAACUGCAAAGAGGGCCUGCAAAUUCUUCCGCCAACAGUGGUGGAUCAAGUUAAGUUGUGGCAACUUGAGCUUGACCGUAUUAUCAACUACGAUGGUUAUCUUUUUACGGACUUUGACAACAGUCAAGAGUAUAGUCUACUUUGUGAUUAUUCCAACGACAUAGGGGUGCUGCUUUGGAAAGAUGAUAAGAAGAGAAGGUUUUUCGUUUCUCAAGAGGGCAAUGCACAAGUUAUAGACUAUGCUAAGAGGAAACUCAAGAAAAAAUAA